AUGAACAACGACGGGGAGUUGGUGAAAGCUGGGAAAAGACAUCGCGAAACUACUACUACUACUGCCGAUAGGUUAACCCAUCUUCCGGAACCCGUUCUUUAUCACAUCCUUUCGUUCCUCGACACCAAAUGGGCUGUUCAGACCUCGGUGCUGUCGCGGGAUUGGAACCGCGCCUGGAAACACGUCCCGGUCCUCAAUUUCGACAAGACUUCCUUCCGCCUGGCCGCCAAGUUCGACAACUUCGUGUCUAAAGUCUUGUCCCUCCGCUACGACCUUAAACUCCGCAAGGUUGACUACUCCAGCGGCGAUGUAAAAGGCAAUGCAUUGCAGGUCGCCGGCUAUGCGUUGUCCCAUAACGUAGAAGAGUUGGCCCUGCACAAAAGUCGAUACAAGGCGUACCGUGAUUUCGGUUCAAUAUUCUCGGACUACUGCGAAGACGACUGGAGCACCACCGACGGCCCGUACCGCAAUUUCAUCGUAGAGGAGAAGAAGAAGAAGACGAAUGAUCAUCUGAAAACUCUACACCUUUCUUGCUUCAAACUGGACCGUGAGUUUGCGGCCUGCUCUGGUUUCCCAAUGUUGACCACCUUGAGCCUGCGACAUUGCCGUUUCGAUUCUCGGGAUCUCGUUAUUUCCGACGGCAACUUUCCCUGCUUGCGAAAUUUGCACAUUAAUUUCUGCGCUCUGAAACUGGUUGACGGACAUAGGAUCACGAUCCACGGACCCCGAUUGCGCAGCUUGGAAUUGAAGGGCAUGUCCGGCUACGAGAUUGAGAUGAAUGCACCCCAACUCAAAGUUUUCAAGCUUUGUGAUCAAUUCGUGACAGCUGGGAAAGGGUUCUCCAAUCUAGCCUUUCCCGCUUUGGAUUGUGCGGAUGUCGAGCUAAAGGCGUCGGACGCGAAACGUUUGAAUGAGAUGGACAAGACAAUGGCCGGUCACUACCUGAGCUCCUUGUUCUGGUGUGUGCGGAGUGCAAAAAAUAUGACGCUGCGUGGCUCUACCGUUGGGGUAUGUGCUUGGACUUUAUGA